AUGUCUCGUUUACAUGGUGCUGCAACCAUGUCUCGCUUACAUGGUGCUGCAACCAUGUCUCGUUUACAUGGUGCUGCAACCAUGUCUCGCUUACAUGGUGCUGCAACCAUGUCUCGUUUACAUGGUGCUGCAACCAUGUCUCACUUACAUGGUGCUGCAACCAUGUCUCGUUUACAUGGUGCUGCAACCAUGUCUCACUUACAUGGUGCUGCAACCAUGUCUCACUUACAUGGUGCUGCAACCAUGUCUCGCUUACAUGGUGCUGCAACCAUGUCUCGCUUACAUGGUGCUGCAACCAUGUCUCGCUUACAUGGUGCUGCAACCAUGUCUCACUUACAUGGUGCUGCAACCAUGUCUCGCUUACAUGGUGCUGCAACCAUGUCUCGCUUACAUGGUGCUGCAACCAUGUCUCACUUACAUGGUGCUGCAACCAUGUCUCGCUUACAUGGUGCUGCAACCAUGUCUCACUUACAUGGUGCUGCAACCAUGUCUCGCUUACAUGGUGCUGCAACCAUGUCUCGCUUACAUGGUGCUGCAACCAUGUCUCGCUUACAUGGUGCUGCAACCAUGUCUCGCUUACAUGGUGCUGCAACCAUGUCUUGCCUUCCUGCCGCUGCCAUGCUCUGGUCUGUGUGCCGUGUGCUUCUCUGUCCCGGCUCAUAG